CACGUACAAGCAACGUCAGCACAUUGCUUGUACGUGUGCCAUUUUUCAAACUUCAGCAAGUUUGCUCCAGCCAUUCCGAAAAGUUUUGUUGUCUCUCAGCGACUCAGUUUGACCGCACCAUCUCUGCCCCUACAAGAUGACAGUUUAUGCAUAACAACUGUGAAUUCCCGUUUAUCCGGAGCAUAUGCACUCCUAGAUGGCCAAAGACGAGGAAUUCUGUGCAAUCUUGACGAGUCCAGGCGUGACAAGCACAUGGAGCGCUGCUGGAUUGGGUGGCUCCGUGCGUAAGUGAUUCACGCUGCUGUUUCGCUAGCAGCUCCAUGUCGCCGAGCACUGCCUCAGCCAGUCUAACAGGAUCAUUCUUCUUUUGUCGGCGCAAGAGAUAGCAAGCGAUCGCUCUCAUCGACCCAGACACAACAAUCGCAAUGGGCUUCUCAGCGCUGUGGCGGACCAAGCCCUUAUCGGUAAUUCAGGCAGAGGAGAUGAAGGAGGACAUCCCGCGCACACUCAAUCUCUUCGAUCUCUGCUGUAUUGGUAUUGGCGGUACCAUUGGUAGCGGUAUCUUUUCCACCGCCGGCUCCAUCAUCUCGGAGACAGCCGGUCCCGCUGCCGUCGUUAGUUGGCUUAUCGGUGGCGUUAUUUGCUGUCUCAAUGCGCUCGCGUACAUGGAGUUGUCUACCCGCGUUCCGUCCUCUGGAAGUACAUACGCAUACGCCUACCACACGAUUGGAGAGCUUCCUGCUGUCGUCGCCGCGUGGCUGCUGACUCUCGAGUACGCUGUGUCUGGUGCGGGUGUGGCGCGUAGCUGGGGAGACAAGGUGGAGGAAUGGCUACUGAUCGAGCACCCGGACAAGAGCUUCCACUGGCUCAACCUGCAGUCUGCCAAUCUCAGCGGUGGUCUCAUCCAGUUCCUGAGUAUGGUGGUGCUGUUAAUGGGCGUCCGAUUUGGCAAAGCCUUCGUGAACACCGUCACGAUGGUCAAGAUGGCUGUCGUGGCCUUCAUCAUCAUUGCCGGCUUCGCUGCCAUGAACCCGGACAACCUGUCCCCGUUCGUCCCUACACGCUCUGAGCUUGAUGGCACCAUGACGUUCGGAACGCAAGGCAUCAUCACCGGCGCUUCACAGGCGUUCUUCGGCUACGUUGGUUUCGAUGAGAUUUGCUGUCUCGCAGGAGAGGCCAAGAACCCAAAGAAGAUCAUGCCGAUUGCAGUCAUGUCCGUUGUGAUCGGCACAAUGGUUCUCAGUGCGCUCUGCUCCCUGGUACUCGCCGGCAUGGUGACUUAUCUCGAUGCUGGCAGUUUCGGUGAUGGCUUUGAAGGUCACGGCUGGAAAUGGGCGGGUACCAUCGUGCGUGCUGGUGAGGUGGUGACGAUGCCCGUGGUGGCGCUCAUCGGCUUCUUGGCGCAGCCUCGCCUGAACUACGCGCUUGCUUGCGACGGACUUUUGCCACGUAUCUUUGCUGAGGUGGAUUCCAAGGGCAACUUGUUCAAGAACACGCUCAUCACGGGUCUGUUCUUCACGGUGAUUGCCAUCGUGGUGCCCUUCGAUACCCUCUGGGACAUUGUCAAUUUCGGUGUUAUGAUGUCGUUCAUUAUUGCCAACGUGUCGCUGACUUUGGCGCGUAUGAAGCCGCAGUCGCCCAAGCUUUCUCCUAUCCUGAUCGCCGCGCUCGUUGUGACGGCUGGAUGCACGGCCUUCCUGUACCAGGAGGGAUACGAGAACAAUGCUUCGACUGCGUGUCUUGUUUUCGCUAUUAUCUUCCUCGUCAUCACCGUUGGUAUCUCGGUGAUUCUCUUCGUCAAGUGCCCGCAGACAGCCAAUGCGCCCGGUUUGUUCGCCGCCCCGCUGGUGCCGUUCAUUCCGAUGAUCUGUAUCCUUGCCGACUGGUACAUGAUCGCGCAGAUCGACCACUUGGCUCUGGGUCUUAGUUUCGCCUGGAUGGCUGUCGGCGCGCUCUCAUACUUUGUCUACGGAUACUUCCAUGCCGAAGCACGCGACAACUGGAGCCAGUUGAUGGGUCAGAGCCUUCCCUUGCACGGAGACAGCCUCUCAGCACCCAUGCUCUCGGCCAAGUACUCUUCGGUGCAGGACCUCAAGUCCCCCGCCGUAUAGGUAGUUCUACGUGGUAAAUCGGGGCAGUCUGUCAACUAUCUAAUUGACUUCUCCCUCGCUAGGUUCUAUAAUGAUUGCAGCUCCGGCAGCAUUGAGUUAUCUGGUGUGUCGCGCUCCAUAUGCGUCGUUCUAUCGAUCUGCA